AUGGCGUCGAUCACGAGCAAUUCAAUGGAAUCAGAUGAUGAUUAUAUUCCACCUGUUAAAUUAAAGAAAACCACAAAUGAGGAGGAUCAUAAUGAUUUAUAUUGUUUUGAAUGUCAUGUUGAAGGCGAUGUUAUUUGCUGUGAUUCAUGUCCACGUGUAUAUCAUCCUAAAUGUCUUGGAUUGACAACAUUACCUGAUGGUGAUUGGACAUGUCCUGAAUGUAAAAUUUUUCAAGCACCACCAAAUAUAAAAGUUCCAUCAAUCAAUGAAUUCCAUACUAUGCUAAAAUAUGCAUUACGCCGAAUGAAAUCUCAUCCACAAUCAACACCAUUUAUGCAACCCGUUGAUCCUAAACAAGUCCCAGAAUAUCUCGACUAUAUAAUACACCCAAUGGAUUUAGAAACCAUAGAGAAAAAUGUCGACUUAAAAAAAUAUACGUCCACAGAUGCGUUUAUUGCUGAUGUUAAAUGGAUAAUACAUAAUAGUGUCGUUUUCAAUGGAAGUCAAAGUAAAUUUACAACUGUUGCACGUGCAUUGAUAAAAAUUGCUCGGCAUGAAAUGACAGAAAUUGAAAUUUGUGCGGAAUGUUAUUUACGUAGUGCACAACCUUUAAUACCAGAUUGGUUUGCUGAACCAUGCCGAAUUCCACAUACACUAUGUUGGGCAAAAAUGAAAGGCUAUCAAUCGUGGCCAGCGAAAGUUUUACGAAUUGUUAAUGAUGAAGUUGAUGUUCGAUUUUUCGGUCAGCAUGAUCGAGCAUGGGUAUCGAUUAAUAACUGUUUUGUUCUUUCGAAAGAAUAUCCUGGUUCCGAAAAGAAAAAGUCAAAUAAUAAUUUUGAAAGAAGUCUGACAGAAUUGCAAGCUCAUAUUGAUCGAUUAAAAACAUUUUAUGGAUCUUUUACGUAUGCGCCACCACAAACACCGCUUAGUAAAACGAAACCAUUCAAGUUUGUUCCAAUUAUUGAUGAUUCCAUUUCGCCGAACUAUGUGACAAUGACAACUGGCAAUAAUACACUUCGUGCUUCUAUCAAGUGUAUAAAGCAACCACGUUCGCCUAUUCCACCACAAACAACUGAAACAUCUACGAAUAUAAAAACAGCUACUAAACGUUCGAAUGAAAAUUCAAAUGAACAACAGAAACAACAACAAGAUUCAGUUAAACGACCACGACUGGCAUCUCGACCAUCGGAUGAAAAUUUAGCUAAUUCAAAUCGAAUUGUACUUCGAAUACGAAAACCUAGCGAAGAUUUGUCAAGUAGUCGAAGUGAACUAUCAACUAGUGCUAGUAGUCAUCAACUAUCUAUUCAAAUAAAAGAACCAUUAACAGCAUUGAAAGAAGAUGAAGAAGAACAAAGUCAACCUCAAACAGAAAAUGUAUUUGAUGUUUUUAAUCAAAACGAUCAAAAAAUGAGUCCAUCAAAAGACGAUGACGACGAAGUGCCAUGCGAAUCUCCUGAAAAUCAAUCGUUAUCAUCUUCUCCUCCUGUUGUUUUGAGGGAAAAUAAAGAGCCGACUCAAGAGUCACCUAGUAAUAAUAUUAAUCAAAAUGUAAUCCCGAUUGAACUCAAUGCAGAAGAUGUCAGAUUAUCAAUAAAUUCAUUGCUUGAUGCCGUCGAUGCUCUUAAAUCAAUAUCUGAGGUUCGCACUCAUCAAUCUUUACUAACUACAUCAUCGACAAAUGAAUCUAGACCAGUACAACCUCAAUAUGCUGAACGACGUACAACAACAAAACAUUCGCGAAAAUCUCGUUUACAACAUCGUAUAGUAACAGCUCCACCAAAACCACUGAUAAUUAAUAAUAAUAAUAAUAAUAAUAGUACCUCUCUUCCACCAAUGGAAUAUCAUAUAAAUGAACAUUCACUUUCUCCAAUAUCAACAAUGCCUCCUCUAAGACCAUUAUCGAUAAGUCCUGCCAGUACUGAUUUGUUUGAGGAUCUUGCCGCUCUUACUAAUGAUGAUUUAUUAACACAAAAUAAAAAAACAGAACGAGCAAAAUCAAUUGAAGCACUGAGUGUAAAAUCUGAGCCGAUGGAAAAUGACGAACAAUCAAAACAUCGGCUAGUUCAAUCAGUUGUAGCAGCAAUACAUCCAUCUGUAUCAAGUUCUUCAUCAGUUUCUACAAAGCCUUUUCUUAUAUCACCACCAGCAAAUGCACAACAUCAUAAAACAAAAACGCCCUUGUCUACAACUACGACAACAUCAAAUUCGCAAUUUCCAGCAAUGAUAACUAAUAGUAAUAAUACAUUUGCACCACGAAUACCAUCAACAGUACCACAAAAAAGUACUUGGCCACCGGGUGUACCUAUAGUUUCAUCGGCACGGCAACCACCAAGUGCAACAAACAAGCGACCAGUACCAACGACUUAUCCACCGACAGCUUCACGCAAUAGUAAUAAUAACCCAUCGACAAUGAGAAUGACUCCUCCAGCAUCUCUGCAACCUCAAUCAUACGAUGCAUUUUCUAUUAGCACAGCAGUACCACGAAGACCAAAUGGUAUAAAUCAUUCAGCGCUAACCUCAAAUACACCAUCAAUACCAAAUCGAAAUCCUAUUCGAAUGCCCCCACUCAAUAAUCUUCCUAUUCGACCUUCCAUUGAAGAUCAUCAAACACCGGGUGAAAUACAAAUGAUUAUUAAAAGCUUCAAUGAUAAAUUUCAACAGUUGCUUACUGAUUUUACUGUCAAAAUUGAAACGACACUUGAAUCAAAUCGAAUUAAAUAUGAAAAAGAGUUAGAAGAAACUCGUCGUACUUAUCGUAUGUCAAUGAAUGAAUUACGUACAAUAACGACUCAACAAGUUCAAGAAAUGCAUAAUAGUUUAGAAUUACAAUAUUGGACACGUCUUUCAGAAAUGCGCAAUCGUUAUGAAUCAACUCUUCAACAACAGAUUCCCAAGUCUUCAUCAAAACAAUUGAAUGGUGGUCCUCGUUAG